AUGGCAUCCGCGAGCCCCAGCGACGCCCUCAGCGACGGCCAUGGCUCGACCCCAAACACCGCCGGCGCCGCCGCCAUGAGACCGCCUCGCCCCCUGGACAGGGCCACGGCCAAGAUCCCCGACAUCCUCCCCCACAGCCGCGUCUUCCCCAUCCAGAUUGGCAGCGAGCUGUUCAAGCUCUCGGGCGCCUCCAUCUGCUCCGACGCCCCGUCCUACUUUUCGCAGUAUUUCCUCUGUCAGCUCAAGGCGGCCGAGGAACAUGGCGAAGACAUGGCCUCGGCCAUCCGGACGCUCUACAUCGACCGCGACCCGGCGACGUUUCGCGACAUUGUGCUGCAUCUGCAGGGCUACCACCUCGCGCCCCGCGACGCCGUCCACUUCGUGCGCCUGUUUGUGGAUGCGCAGUUCUACAGCCUCCCCAAGCUCACGUCGCAGCUCUUCGAGGAGAGCAUCUUCAUCUCCAUCGGCCAUCGCGAGUUCCGCAUCCCGCGCGACCUCCUCACCAGCCCGACAAACUCGCCAAACUACUUCUCCCUCGGCUUCGCCGCCUUCUUCUGCCGCCCGGACAACGUCUUCCCCGGCCUCGAUCGCGAGACCAUGGUCCGCCCGCCCGCCAUCCUGCCGCCGACGGUGCCCAACCGCUCCGCCGACACCUUUGCCGAGCUGCUGCGCCUGCUCGGCGGCUACCCCGUGCGCAUCCGCGACGAGGCCCACCGCCAGGAGCUGCUGCGCGACGCGCGCUACUUCCACUUCAAGGGCCUCGAGCAGCAGCUCAUCCCCCACGCCAUCUCCUUCAACCCGCUGCGCCGCCGCGACGAGAUUGCCCUGCGCCUGGAGAACGUGCAGAAGAGCGGCGUCAGCGUCGUCCAGGAGCCCGACGCCGAGGCGACUGCUGGCCACGGCGGCGUCGCGUGGGUCAACUACGCCCGCCCCUACGUCGACGACCGCCCCGCCGAGCUGGUCCUCGAGAUCGGCGGCGACGCCACCACCAUCCACCUGCUGCCCGACGGGCCGCGCGCCGACUUCUUCCGCGACACCAGGGCCCGCGUCGCCAAGCUGCUCGAGGUCCUGGCCACCAAGCUCAACCUGCCGCCCACCACCCAGCCCCUCGGCCUGCUCAUGGCCUCGGGCGGCGCCUCCUCCCAGCCCGCCACCCCGGGCAACACGCCCCUGAGCGACGACCUCGUACGCGUCUCCCUCGGGCCCGACGCCGCCCUCGUCCUCGACGGGAAGCCCUUGAGCCCCGCCGCCGCCCAGGCCGCCGUCCAGGCCGCCGGCAGCACCGGCCGUGGCAGCGACGACGCCGGCGGCUCGGACCCCGUCGUCGGCUCGUGGAAGCGCAAACGCGCCGCCACCACCGGCCCCGAGGAGACGUCGUGGUCCGUCAAGACGGGCCAGUGGCGGCUGCGCAUCCAGGGCACAAAGAGCGGCAAGAGCGCCGUCGAGUGCGUCUUCGUCGCCGUCAAGCUCGACGCCGUCAGCUCCGAGCUGGGCCGCAACGUGGCCAGGGGCUUCCUCGGCAGCUGA